AUGACGAGCGUCUGCAGCAGCAAGUUCCAGCAACAGCAUUACCAGCUGACCAACAGCAACAUUUUCAUGCUGCAACAUCAGCAUCACCAAAGCCAGCAACACCAGCUGAUUGCUCCCAAAAUACCCCUGGGUACCAGCCAACUGCAGAACAUGCAGCAGAGUCAGCAGUCCAAUGUUGGACCCAUGAUGUCGUCGCAGAAGAAGAAGUUCAACUACAAUAACAUGCCCUAUGGCGAGCAAUUGCCAUCGGUGGCCAGGCGAAAUGCCCGUGAACGCAAUCGUGUGAAGCAGGUCAACAAUGGAUUCGUCAAUCUCCGCCAGCAUUUGCCUCAAACCGUGGUUAACUCGCUGUCUAAUGGAGGACGUGGAAGCAGCAAGAAGUUAUCCAAGGUGGAUACUCUGCGAAUCGCCGUGGAAUACAUUCGAGGACUACAGGACAUGCUCGAUGAUGGCACUGGUUCAUCAUCUCGUCCCAUUUACAAUUCUGCCGAUGAAAGCAGCAACGAUGGCAGCAGCUAUAAUGACUACAACGAUAGCUUGGACAGUUCGCAACAGUUCUUGAUGGGAGUCACCCAGUCUGCCCAAUCGCACUCCUACCACUCCGCCUCGCCCACGCCCUCGUACUCCGGAUCCGAGAUUUCCGGAGGCGGCUAUAUCAAGCAGGAGCUACAAGAGCAGGACCUCAAAUUCGAAUCCUUCGACAGCUUCAGUGACGAGCAGCCCGAUGACGAGGAGCUGCUCGAUUAUAUUUCAUCUUGGCAAGAGCAGUAA